CACGCGCGAGCAAGUCUGCGCUCGGGGAGGACGACGUGAGAACAGGAUCUGCUCCUGAGUUGCUCAGCUCCAUGGGUGUGUCACUCUGUCUUGCAGCAGCUGUGCUUACAGCUGUGGGUCACCAAUGUGGGUCCAGUAACUCCAGUCAAGAUGGGAGGCCAUUCUUCACAGGCUGCCGUUCUCCACAGCAAGAGACCUUCACGUGCUGGUGGGACACCGGAUACUAUGGGAAUCUUAGUGGGACCCCAGCCUUCAAGGUCUUCUACUCGAAAUCUGGAUGCCAGGAGCUGAUGUUGUGCCCAGAUUACGUCACCUCUGGAGAAGACAGCUGCUACUUUAAUGAGACCUACACGUCGGUCUGGACCUGGUACUGCCUCAAGAUUCAGGUGGACACAGAGCAGGGCUCCAUCACUUCUGAGCCGUACUACUUCAAUUUUCUUGACAUUUUACAACCGGACCCUCCAGUGGAAUUGGCCUGGUUUCUCCUGAACAACACCAACUCUGAGCACUACGCCGACGUCAUGAUAAGCUGGAUGCCUCCACCAUCUGCUGACGUGGCUUCUGGCUGGAUAUCACUGCAGUACCAGCUCCGCUACAGAUCCACCGCAUGGCCCAAGUGGAAACUGGGUCCACUGAUCCAUCAGACUGCAAUGCCGCUCUAUGCCCUGGAAUUCUGCCAACGUUAUGAGGUGCAAGUGAGGUGCAAACCCCUGGCUGAGGGGCAGUUCAGCUCUUUCUCGGACUCCCUGACCUUCGACCUGGUCAGCAGGACAGACUCCUCAUUCCUGGAUGGUCCUCUGGCAUUUGCUGCUGUAACAAUGGCUGCAACGCUCAUGUGUGUUGUUCUUUUCAUUUUUCUGUUGUGCCACUUGGAUAGGGUGAAAGAAAAGAUCCUGCCAAACGUUCCUGUGCCGAAGAUAGUGGGGAUUAACAUGGACUCUCUACAGAAUGGUGGCUCACCCGACUUUGGCAUCACAUUUGACUACUGGAACGAGAUCAGUGGCCGGGGCCUUUCAGAAGAAAACUGGGAAGAUUUCAUGGAGGUGAGCCCGGAUGUCACCAGCAGCAGUAACAGUAAACAUGUGGCAGCAGCAGCCUCUCCAGGCCUGGCGGACACCAGCGACUCGGGCUGCGACAGCAUCAACAGCGCCGAGGUGGAGUCCCUCAGUGACCAGGAUGAGAAGAAUUCGGCGAGCUGCCACUCCUCAUCUCCUGCUGCCCACAGUCUCCCCCGUGGGCUCUCUUUGGAGCACGAUGUCACUCCUGCUGCACUGCACACUGCAAAUGCCAAGUCUCAAAAGGAAAAUGACAACAAGGUGCCACUUGUUAAGUAUCAGAGCUUCUGUCCAUCUGUCCUUUCACUGCUACCCAAAAGACGCCGAAUUAACCAACUUCUGCUUCACGAUCGCAGAAAGAGCAUUGAGCGGAGCACAGGGUUUUACAUCCAGGCAACGCACAAUCUGCACCAGCACAGAAUGACCUCCACCGUCUCCAGUGAUUACAUUCAGGGUAAUCUGCUGCUGGGACUUAGAGGUCCCUGCCACACCACCAGCAUCUGCUCGAAGCAGCUACAGCCUGAAAGCAUAAUGAGACCAGAGAGCACUGACAUGAGCUUCUACGUCACCCUGUAG